AAGAUGAUUGAGAACGAAAAUACAAAACCUCCACAAGAUGAGAAUCCAAAACUCAGAAGCCACCUAGUGACAAGCAGAGAAUGACUGACCUAGCGUAUUUGUGAAUUAGUUGCGCGUGCUCCAACAGAGAUGGCGCUGCUAUUGCUUCUGGUGUUGGCGGUCGGUGCUGGCGCUUCCACGCCGGGCGGAGAGGUGGCGCUGGCGAACGUUACGAGAUUCGCUACCGGAGAUGCCUUUGCUCUCGUCAGCUCCGACUGCGGAAUGACGCGCUGCAUGGAGGAGUCUCACGGCACCGCGCUACCCAUGGGCGGCCAGGGCUGCGUGUGUCAAUGCGGCCAAGAUAAACCCGCGUUUCGUGAGGACCAGAGGACCUGUGUCGGCCAUAUAGACGAAUGCGUGAUGGCGAGCUUCGGCCGCGGCGCGACGAAGACGCAGAUCCCGCUGGUGUUUUUGCCGAUGAAGGGACAAAUCAUGUACCCUUCCAAAGAAAUUGUUUUUACGGACGUGGAAGACGCGGUGUGCGCAGUAACCAGUGCGCAGUACUUGUCGCCGUCCGGGUGGGUGACGCUGCGAGAUCUCCUCGACAAUGAUGUGCCGUUUGGGCUGUAUCGGGACGAGGGAAGCACUUUUUUGCAGUGGCGAGGCUCAACAACGCUUCACAACCGUCUGGAGGGCCGGCUGGUGGCAGUCCAUGUGCUGUGCUCGGCCCCGACACCAACCCGCCUGGCUGCCUCUUGUGCGGCCUUCCGUGUGGCUGGCGCUUCACAUAACAUCGACGUCCGUUCGAUACCCUUCCAUGCCGGAGAAAUUGUAACAGCAGAGCCUGCGACACAAAGCCAAGGUCUAAGCGUUCUGGAAUCCUUAGCCAUCGGAGUUUGUGUCUUAAUGCUGGUCUUCGUCUACGCAGCAGGCAUUGUUUUCUAUGUUCAUUACAAACAGAGGCAGAAGAGAAAGGAGAAGGACCCUGAAAUGAACUUCUCGUCGACCAUGUCCACUGAUAAUGGUUCUACGUUAGAUUCUAGAAUAGGAUUGGAUAGCAUGAGAAUGAAAACGAAUCCCUUGAUGAAAUUGGAUGGAGAUUUCCUAAAUGACGCCGGACUGUCAGAUGUUAGUGAACGCACUGAAGAAACAAUGGAUUCAUAUACUUCAGAAAAGUUCCAGAAAAUGAAUCCCAACGUGGUGUCAGCGAUGGUUCACAAUAGUCGUAUGAAGAAAAAGCCCAUCCGGCCUUCAGUGCGAACCGCCACGACACCGGAGCGCGUGACAGAACGAUUGCAAAGACGUUCUGCAUCUCCGGACACCUUCGAGCGAGCUCCGCAUUCGGACUUGUCUAUUGUGGACUAUCGAGUAGAAAAUGCGACGAAUCAACCGCCCCAAUCGAAUGGUGAACCGGCCAUUAGGAGGAAGUUAUACUUCAAUCCAGUGUUCUUUGAAACAGAACAUUUGAAGAAUCCGCCUCCAGCCGCUCUUGAAUUCCUCGAGAAAAUCCGAGAAGUAAUGUCCAUUGCCAAAGAGAAGAUGACAUCUAAGAGAUUUAUCCCGAUUUUGUCAGAUAUCCCAGAGGAAGAAUUAUAUCAUACUAUUGACCUCGGUUGGGAUAUUCCAUGUGCGAGGCGUGGACGUCGAUUCAGUGCUAUUAGCUUGAAACGAGAAAAUAGUCGAAGAGCCGUUCACUGCGGCGGAUGUCCAGGUUGCGAUAGUAGCGAGAGAGAACAGAAAGCCAAAGUUGCUUUGGCUCGAUCUAACUCGUGCAAAACGUGUGUUAGUGAUGACUACAAGCAGAAGAUUGUGCGUAAAUGGUUAGACGAUGUACCUUUACCGCCAAAUUCAACAAAAGCCGUUAAACCAGUUGCUGUAGCUAAAGUCAGUGGAACUCCGAGAGUUAGUGAACCCAAAACUCCCGAGCUACCUCGUCAAAGCCCAGAACCAAUCAGAAUUGAGUUACCUAAACCUAUCAAGAUCACAGAAACCAAUUUGAAGGAAGCUUUACAUGCCAUUCCCCAUGUACGCUUAGACAGUAGAAAAGAAAUUAGACGGGGGUCCGAUCAAAAAAAUACUAAAGGGGAUAAUGCGAUAGACAUUGCAAAAGAAGAACCAAAAACAAAAGCUCCAACAAUGGUUACACUUGAUAAACGAAGUCCAUCGAGUCACGCUACUCGACGUGUCCGGAAAAGAUUACCACCACCACCUCCGCCUCCUAAUAUGCCACCAUCCAUUCCGAAAAGCGAAGAAGAACCUGUGGCGUCUGAAGUAAAAGCUAAAAUGAAAGCCGUUAUACAGGAACUAAAUCAGUGUCGUCGAGGCGAGCCCAAAGAACUAGAAGAGCUAAAAACUGAAAAGAUUGCUCCAAUUGCCCCCAAAAUUGUAAUUCCAGUUUUAGCAGCUGAUUCGCAUUAUUUCAGUGACGAUAAUCUCUUAGAAACGAGGCGGCGUGAACCAUUCAUUAAUUUUGAUAGUUUAGAGCGCAAUAAUUUAUUGAAAAAGAGGAGGUUCUCUUUAGCUUGCGGUCCUGAAAUAUCAAUGAAAGAUAUAACACCAUACCAGCCACAUAUACCCACCCCUAAACAGAGAUUGUCGCAAAGCUGGCGCGAUGUCAGAAAAGCGGUGGAAGGUCACCAAGUAUCAAGCGCGGCCUCAGUUGAUUCUGAAUAUGAAAACCGAAGUCUACCAGUGAGCGAAGUCUUUAUAAAUACCAUGGAGCCUUUGUAUAAUAACUUACCUAAACCCGGGGCAUUGACUAUUCAAGUGAGUGGCUCUCCAGUAGAGAAGAGGCGUAACCUUAAUGACGACUUUGAUCCCGAUACACUAGACAGAAAACCAAGGCGCGAAAUCAAGAAACGCGUGGACAAGAUUCUUCUGAAAUCUGGAGGCAGCUUCAAGCACAAAUUUACGGAGAUAGAUAGUAAAGAGAGUAAAUCUCCCGAUAUUGGGUUCACGAGAAAGAUUGGCAGCCUGAGACAAAUCUAUGAAGCUAAGACAAAGGUACAAGAUGAUUCAUUACGCUUGUCAUUCUAUGAAAGGCGAGGUAGUGUACCUUAUGGAACCGAAGAAGUAUCAAGAUUCGUAGCUGCUCUUAAGACUCCUGAUCUGAUAAGGCAAGUCAAUGUGCAAGACGUUAGGCCUCCGGUGCCACCAAAACAGCGACAGCCAAAUCUUUCACCUAAAUUUUCCACUCCAACCCGAGAAAGUCCACCAGGUGAAAGGAGAAGAGCUUUAGAAGAGAGAGAUCGAUUCCCACCAUAUUCGAGAGCCGAGAACCUCAAUGCCCGACGAUCCGGACGCAGACUACCCCGAACCAGAUCGCGUAGAACCGAUCUGAGAAAACUAUACAAAACCGAAGACUCUGGAUACAUGAGCACAGACUCGAACGAAUCCAAGCGCAGAGCCAGAUACUUGAUGCAACUGCGACCGCCAAAAACUACUGUACCUGAACACACAAUGAUGCCAUCUAUAACCGUAACUAAUAAGACACCGCCUCUACAAAUCGAAUCUGAUACUGAUGAUUUAGAGUCGCUUUGCGACGGUCGUAGUGAAUCUGGAGGAGAGAGCGUUGAAACAGAUUCAGUGUUCUUCGGUAACUUUGACGAAUCCAAACAAAUGCUGGCUGAGUUAGGAAUGUACAAUUAUGACGGUCAGAAAAGGAUACAAAGUCAAGAGCAGAUAGAUUCCGGGUUCAUGGGUGAGACGAAUAUAAUUUUAAGUGGAGACAGUGACUCGGAGCACAGGAGUGUCAUUUCGAUAAUAGCGGGUCGCGACGGGCGCGCCUCGGCCGCCUCCAUUGCACAAUUAGAUGACCCCCCAUUCGUUCACUCUGUUGAAUGUUAAUGAAGACCAGAGAUGAGUAAAUAUUAAAGAUUACUAAUCUAUAAAUUCUGACGCUGAGUUUACUAACAGGGAUUUGUAAUGAGAGCGAGGUUUUAACCCAACGCUAUACAAAAAAGGUACAGCCACCUCGCUUAGUUGGUGUUAUUAAAACCAACUGUUUACUUAGUUAGCAGUUACAAGUAUGCUGAUUAGGAGUCAUUAUUUUUUACUUUUCUGUGUCACAAUUAUGUACAGAAUGCUCAAUGUCUAAAUGUAAAUAAUGUUGCAAGUGUCAAGUAUGAGAUUAUUUUUCUUAAGAUUGUCACAAUCAUUUUUAUUCAUCAUAUCAUUAAUUUUUGUUUUAUGAAGUUCGAUUUGUUAUAAUUGUUGUUUGCUUAUCAAAACUUAAACAAGUGCCUAGUAAAAGAAUAGAUAAUGUCCGACUUUACCUCAAUAUACGUACGUGGUUUAGAAGAAUCCACAAAAUAAUCAAGAAAAUUGUAUAAAUAUUAGUUUAUAAUCAUACAGCCCACCAUUGACGUAAUUAUUUUGUAUGUUCUUGUUUAAACAUAAUUAAAUAAAUAGAUUAUAUCAUCUAAAUCGGAGAUUGUCAUAAAUUUACUUAUAGUUUGCAUUUUAAUUUUAAAAUUAUUUGUUUAGGUACCUUAUUUGUCUAUGUUGUUGAUAAUAUAAUGAUGUAUAUUCAAUAACCGGCCGGUUGUGCAAUUAAAUUAUAUUUUAUAUAUGUAAUGGAUCCGAGAUGGAUAUUAUUGGGUGAAUUUAAAAACUAUUGUGUAUUGUUAUGACCUUUUAUCAAUUUCAUUAAAUCCUUUAGACAACGCAAAAAUAGUCAUAUAUUUUAAUAGGUAACUUUCUAUUCUCAGUGUUAUUUAAAUUAUAGAUAAAGACAGUUCUGUUCUAUGUAAAAUAGUUUUUAAAUUCAUUUUAAUGGAUUGUUUUUCGGUGUUUGGUACGGAUAAGAGGCUCAAAUAUUUAUUGGAUUUAUUACGUUUAACAGUUGUUAAUUAUUUAGGGGUAAAUACGUAGGUUAGAGAAAUGAAUAUUUUCGUACUUUGUUUUUAAUGUUUUUCUACAAAGCAAUUUUGAAAAUAUUGUUGUAUGAAUAAAUGGUUUUAUUUUUU